UACUUAACCAGGCGCAUCCCUCAGAACCCCAGAUAUCAGCAUAUAAAAACCCGCCUCGAUACCGGCAACAGUUUAACAAAAUACACCGAGAAGUUAGAAGAGAUCAAAAGAAAUUACAGAUACAGAAAGGACGAGCUGUUUAAAAGACUGAAAGUGACCACUUUUGCCCAGCUG